AUGGCAAGCACGUACAACCUCGCCGAACUUGGCGACCUGCCUGUGCCGCCUCGCGAGAAUCUUUUCGCUGCCGCCAGAUACAUGACACGCCUUGCCGAGGCCAAUGGGAUUGCCAUUGCUUUAAUAGGAGGGUUGGCAAUGAACAUCCGCGGUUCCAUGCGCGACACUGUGGAUAUUGAUCUCGUGCUUGGGGCUCGAAUGAUUGAUAUCAACGCAAUCUUCAGACAGCAGCCACGGCUUGUCAUUCCAAACACAGUCACCCUUGACAAUAUAACUAAGGUGUUUGUACACACUGGUCCAAAAUACGGAGAUCUUGACUGCACCACGAAUUUCGAUGUUGAGGCCGAUGUCAUGGCGGAAGGUCAUUGGGGGACACCAGAUUCGAUAGCCAACCAUCAGCAACACUACGAUGUCGAAAACCUCACUGGCCACUCAGAGUCCUUUUCCCUUCUUGAUUUAUUCUCUGCGAUGAAGGCGAAGUUGUAUGCCUACCAGGAACGACAGGCCAUGAAAGAUUUCCACGACAUCAAGUUUUUGUUGGAUCACUAUGGCGACGAAGUCAGUCGCUUUUCCGAUAAGCUGGACGAAUCCAACUGUUCAUUUUUGCUUGAGAAAAUGGAAAGCAUGGAGCUGGUCACUCAGGAGGAAUUCAAUCGAUACAUAGAGAUGUUUGGCAUGAAGCCACUCUAA